AUAAAAUCCACCUCAUCAAUUAACCUAGAGGCUUUAAUUUUUUUCUUCCAAUCAUCCCAGCUUUGAAAUCCCCCCUUUCCCCAAUCAUUUUCUGAAAUUUCUUCAAUGUAUUGAAUCAAAUGAGAAUCAGCUACCAUUUGAUAGGUGUGAUAAAACAGAAGCUGGUAACAUCGUACUCAUCGUUUCAGAUCUGCUUGGGAGCAAGAAACUGCAACAGUAACUUUCCCUAUCACUGAUCCGUUUGCCACCUAGGCGUUUUAAAUGUUCUAAUACACAGAUGGACUCAAUUAGCAAUGAUUUAGCGAUUUCAUGUACCUCUCAAACACACUUGCAAAAUGAUGUAUUCUUUACUCCUCCGCUUACAAUUUGAUGUACUAAACGGACACUUUUCUCCCAAAAAAUCAGAACUAAAAAAUAUACGCAGUACAACUCCUUUAGUCCGCUUCAGACUUCAUCGAGUGCAACAAGGAUUUGCCGAUUAGGAGGAAGACCCUGGCCACACCGCUCAUCUCCUAGUCUGCUCUUCCAUUCACUCCUCUGUCAAAGAUUUCACGGAUUCAUCAAAGGAGAGGUCAUAGACAGUAGGACAUGCGUAUGAAUGGGUCAGGCCUACUCUUAGUGACCGGCUUAUUUAUGGGGCGUUUAGUUCAUUAAUAUGGGGCUAACGUGCAAAAUUUGUAUAUCACAAGGGGCUUUGGUGUAUUAAACCCAAAUUAUGUUGAAACGACCUCUAUAUAUUGCAUAUGAAUAGUCAAAGUAAAGAAACUUUUCCCAACAUUUAUGGAAUUUCCCGUUGAGAACUAUUAUAUGCCAUGUGCUUCACAUGAUUUACUUUGGAAGCGGACAAUUUGAGGCAGCUGGUCCCCUUUUUAUUUUACAGAUAAAGAUGAUUUCCUUGUUUGGAGGUCUACGUAAGCUCACCUUAUCCCAACAGAUCAUAAGCCUCCAGCCAAGGCUUCAUUGUGGAACUUCCUCACUGUGGUGCUCCGUUCUACCCCUCACUCCUUUUCCUUUUCCCUAUAGUUAUUCGUUGGCGGGGAACCUUUGUAAUGUCUUGCAAAGUGAUGUGAAAGAUGUAGCCUCAGCAAGAAUCAUUGGUGAAGUGAUGGAGCUGGUGUCCGAUCUAAAGAGGAAGAAUGUUAUGCCAAGGAUGGUAGAGCAGGAGGAUUCGUGGAAGAAAAUUAUGGCGUUCUUGAAUGCAAUUCCCAAUCCGUUACUACCGGUGCUGGAAACAAUUAAUGAUAGAGUUGCUGUAUCUAAUUUGAUUGAUAUUAAAUGUUUUUAUGCUGAUAUGGUGAUGCGACAAUUCGAAGAGAUUUCACUUUUGCAGUUGGAGGAAUACGAGAAGGACUUGGACGAAUGGUUGAAUGGAGAGGAAGAGGAGGAACGUGAACUGGGUUGGGGAGAGGAAGGGGAAUGGAAUAUUCCUGCUGCAUAUCUGUUCCAGGAGUUUGAGGCGCAUGAAGGGUGCAACUGUCCAGCCCACAACCCUCGUGCUAGACCCCAAGUCCCAUUUUCGAUGCUGAGACAAUUGAAAGACAUGAACCCUAUGUUAGAAGUGUUCAGCAUUCAUAUAGAAGGUGAUUGCAGGGCUGCACACCAGCAGCAGCUGCAAGGCCGUCGUGCACCAUUCAGCAAAAAUAUUUGUGGUUUCGUUGAAAUUAAUGGGACGGCCCUUCCACAAACACACAAGUUGUUUGAGGUGAAGUUUGAUGAUAAGAAUCAUGAUAAUGAAGAAGACAACAUAAUUUCUUCUUCUUCCCAGUCUCCUCCUCCGACCUGUGUUGCUACUGCUGAUGGAGGAUUGUCACUUUUGCUUACUAUCCCGCCUGAAGGUCUGGCAGUUGAGUAUGGGAUUGAAGACAUCAAUUUUGACAUAUGCCUUGUGGAUAGAGAAAGCGGGAGGUCUGUCCUGGACCCAGAUGGUGAUUUCGAAGGCUCUGCAGCUGCUGCUGCUGCUAAGUUAAAUAACGAUGGAACAAAUGAAAUAAAAUCAGCUGAGGAUGUGCUCAAUGAUUACCGCCGUACGAGCACCUCAAGAUAUCAGUAUAAUGGGAGAGACUUUCCGGUUUCCUCCAUUUAUUUUGCGUCUUGUUUCGAUUCUACAUUUCGUCGAACAAGGGUUUUAGUGUUGCCUGACAAUCACAAAGAGGAGGAAGAUGGGGCUUCAGCGCCUCACUUCAUAAAGACUCCUGUGACCAUUAACUGGAGCGUCUGCAAGCAUCCUCUGUGGGCUACCAUCAAUGUGCAGAUCCUUCAAUACCACACAGGUGGGAAUGGUUUCUUCAAGCUUUGCAGGUUUUUAACAUCUCCUGGGGGAGUUCAGUCCCCCCCACACAUUGUGCUUUUCCAUCAGGAUGGUGCUGAUAAUGGCAUAGAGUUCCCCCUCGAUGAUCAACUACAGUCAGUGCAUACGGCGGCCACCACCACCAUUCCUCUGCUGAGGCCAGGUGUUGUUGUGCCUUUCCUCUAUUCGCUCAGGCUUAAGAUGGAUCUAUUCCUUACCUUAUGUAGUAGUAGCGAUAGCGGUUUACAAUUACCCCACAACAAGUAUGGUAGCUCUGAACCUGCUACUGUGGUCGAGAUUGAUGAUGAAGUGAGGUUCAAUGCCAUCCCUGGGAGACCAAAGUGGAAGAAACUUCCAAUGAAUGGCGCUGCUGGAGGAGCAGAAAUCAAAGUGCAAGUCAAGUUUAUUUAUCAUCAUGACCAGAAGAUGAACAAGUUCUCAAAACCUGUGGCAUAUGCUUACUAUUAAUUUAUGUUCUUAUUAUUUAUUAAUAUUGUUAGCAGUUCAGUUAUUUACCUUGAUGUCCUUUGGCGCAGUGAGGUGUGUAUUUUGUAUUGAACUUGGAACCUUUGGUACUUUUUUCACUUCUGGUAUUUAGUUAAAUGAAUAUUAUUCUAUAAGUUUUUCAUAAUUAUUGUACUUCUGCCACAAGCUAGUUACAUUGGACAUUAAUGAUGCGGUUGGAAGCUAGAUGAUCACAAUAAUAUUGCACUAGAGAUGACUCAACUGAAUGCUUGAUCUUUUUGGGUUGCUCUGCGUGGGGAAAACCACCAUGCCGAACAAGUGAUCUGUUUUCUCUUGCUUUUUCGAUGUGAAGAUAACAAUAUUGGUCAACUUGGUCAGUUGGUCUAGUGGAAAAUGUUUUAUGACCUCUCCUGUUUGUAUAAUUCUAUGACUCUUCGGAGUAACUUUUUAAAUAUUAUUUUCAGCAUUGAUUAAUUUGAAGUUUCAUUUUGGUUCUAA